AUGAACGCUUCGCCGACAGCGGACAUUUCCGAGCUGUUUUUGCACGUGAGCGACCACACGGCCCGGCUUUCCCUGGUGGACGACACCACGCGGUCGCUAGCCGAUUUCCGGGAACUUAUUCAGUUGGCACAGAAACACGAUCAACAGAGGAAGAGAGACGAGCUUCUGAGCAGGACAGUUGACAAGAAGGAGGCGAAUUUGGCCAGUCCGGGCUUUGGACGCAUCGUGGGCCAGCUGAGCCAGCUGACGCCGUUGGCAGGCCGGAACAACGCCGAUGUGGCUGAACUUUUCCACCUUUUGCAGCCAUUCUUGGAGCGGUACCUAGGGGAGAAGAGGGAGAAACCACAGCGGAGCCGUUUGGACAGCGUGGCCGAGGACCCGUUUACAACGCCGAAACGGCUGCCCGUGGAGCCUGAGCUGGACUCGGACCGCCACUCGGAAAUCAGACCCGACGACACGUUUGACAAACCCAGAAAGCUGCUGCCGGCACCGGCGCUGCUGCCGAUAACAACGCCGCCCAUGUCGAGGGAAAAAUUUGAGGAAACGGAAGAGGCGACGGAAACGAGGUCCGAUUUUGGCACCGACGACUCGGAUAUGUGCAAGUACUUUGGGGGCGCUCCACAGGUGGAGUUGGCCGACCUCACGGCGGGAGAGAUCGAAAUCGAGUCGAAAAAGCCCGAUUCCGCCAGGGAGCUCGCCGAGCUCAGGCUCCAGUUGGACUUGGCCCGCCAGCAAAACAGAGAAAUGGCCAACGAGCUCGGCUACCUCCGGGACAAGCUCGCCAGCAAGAAGGAGGACACCACGCCCAUCAGCAGCGAGAACGUCGACGCCUGUUUCCGUCCGUAUUACCUGAAACUCCAGCUCGACAAGGUGGACGGUCUUAGCGACGUGGAGAAGAGCAAUGUGAUCAAGAACUUGAUGCUCUCGUUGCUUGUGUCUGAUUUCGACCAUCUCCAGAAAAUGGCGCCCCGCGUCGGCGACUACCUCCGUAUUUCGUCCCGUUUCCUUGACAAGCUCCACGCUCGUUACUACGAAUGUGGGGAGUACUGUCCGCUGCGGUACUUGCGGGACUACGCCGUGGAGACCAUGGACGACUUCCAGGCGUGUCUAGACGGCAUGAUGGCGCUUGUCGUGGGACUGGAAAAAAGUGAAUAA